CUAUUCUAUGGGAGCGCGGGCAUUCUCCCAUGACAGUAUUUUUAUCCCUGAUGGGGGAGCAGAAAAUGAGCAGACAGUUCAAGCAAUGUCACAGGACAACAUCCUGGGCAAAGUCAAAACUCUUCAGCGACAGUUGGGCAAGAAUAUCAAGUUUGGGCAGCGCCCAUCUAAUGCCAUUCCCAUGAAGAAGGCAGGCAGUGCAGACGCUAGCUCAGAUGAGGACUUCUUUGUGACCAGUCCCAUGGAAAUUGUGACUCAUCAGGAUAUUGUCCUCUUAGACACAGAGAACAAAUCCAGUGAUACGCCAAGUUACUCCAGCCCUCUGAAUCUACCUGAAGCCGGAAGUGAGAUGGAAGAGAAGGUUGCUCCCGUUAAACCCUCUCGGCCAAAAAGGCUCCUCUCUUCUACUGGCACCAUUGAAAGUGUCAACCUUGACGCCAUCCCCCUGGCCAUUGCUCGUCUGGACAACAGUGCUGCCAAGCACAAACUCUCUGUUAAGCCAAAAAACCAGAGGGUGUCAAGGAAGCACAGGUGGCUUGUGCAGGAUCGUCAGAAUGUGCCAGGCAGCUUCGAGAGUCAAUCCUCUGUGGACCAGAACGGACAGCCGGGAGAAGACAAGCACAUUUGGCAUGAAGAGGAACCAGAACCUCUGGACUCUCACGAAGAUAAAAGACUCCAGGAAGAGUAUUGGCGGGAACUUGAAGCCAAGUGCAAACGGCAAAAAGCCGAAGCAGCUGAGAAGAGGCGCCUGGAAGAGCAGAGGCGGCAGGCACUGGAGAGGAGGCUUUGGGAGGAAAGUCUCCGACAGGAGCUGCUGGAGGAGGAGGAAGGCGAGGAGGAGGACCUGCAGCUAGAGGCGGGCAAGGCACCUCCAGGGGAAGGGCGGCGGUCCGGUCUGGAGGAGCAAAGAUGUGCAGAGCGAGAGCUGGGGGAAGCCGACCACCUGGAGGUGGAAGAGCGCAGGCGUGAGCAGAAAGAGGCUGAGAGGCAGGAGGAGAAACUGAGACAGCGGGAUGCCCAGAGGCUGGAAGAGGAACUGAGGCAGCGUGAGGCCGAGAGACAGGCAGAGAAACUGAGGCAGGAAGAGGAGCUGAGGCAGCUCGAGGCUCAGAGGCAGGAAGAGGAGCUGAGGCAGCUCGAGGCUCAGAGGCAGGAAGAAGAGCUAAGGCAGCUCGAAGCCCAGAGGCAGGAAGAGGAGCUGAGGAAGCUGGAGGCCCAGAAUCAGGAGGAGAAACUGAGGCAGCUCGAAGUCCAGAGGCAGGAAGAGGAGCUGAGGAAGCUGGAGGCCCAGAAGCAGGAGGAGACACUGAGGCAGCUCGAGGCCCAGAGGCAGCAUGCUCAGGAGGAGGAGGAGGCCAGGAGGAUGAUGCUGGAGCUGAGGCAGGAGGAAGAGUUGGAAGCCGACCACAUAGAAGAGCUGAAAGGGCAGGCAAUGCAGGCGCCAGGGCCGCAGGUGGACGAAGGCCCCCAGAGUCCAGAAGGAGAGAGCCAGCCUCGGCUAUCGGACGACUCUGAUCAGCAAAGCCCACUGCAGCGGGACCUUGAGAAGCCAGAGGAACAAGAAAACCUGGAAUCCGUGGGGCAGAAAGAGAUGGCCCAGGAGCAGAAGGAAGAAGCCAAUGCGGGCAGCGAGCCAGCAGGGCAGAGGGGAGACUUGAGCAUGGAGUGUGGGGGUGUAGACGUGGAAGAGAGAGAAGCCACUCAGAUAGACAACCCCCGGCCUCAAGAGGAGCAGAUUGGCGGAACGCCGGCCUCAGAGGACAAGAACGAAGCUGUCCCUGCAGAUAAAGACCGAAAGGUGGAGGAGCUCCGGUGGCAGGAGGUGGACGAACGGCAGACCAUGCCCCGGCCCUACACGUUCCAGGUGUCCUCCGGGGGUAGGCAGAUUCUCUUCCCCAAAGUCAACCUGAGUCCGGUGACUCCCGCCAAGGACACGAGCUCGGCCCCAGUGACCCAGGAACCGCCGGUGCCUCGCGGUGCCGCCCCACACGCCCUGCCCUCUGCGCUGAGCAUCCCGCACACAGCCAUUCUGGUCACUGGAGCGCAGCUCUGCGGCCCGGCGGUCAACCUGAGCCAGAUCAAGGACACGGCGUGCAAGUCCCUCCUGGGCCUGUCAGAAGAAAAGCGGCCGGUGGACGUUCCCACAGUGGAGGUCAGGUCCAGCGGCAGCAAGGCCAGGCCUCCCCCGGAGUCGCCGAGCAAUGCCGCGGCGCUAGCCGAGUGGGCUUCCAUUCGAUCCAGGAUCCUGAAGAAUGCGGAGGGUGACCAGCGUGGCGACAGAGAGCCGGUCAGAGCCGGGGACGAGCCCGCUCCCCGAGUGCGGUGCGAUUCCCGAGGGAACCUGCGCAGGACGCCGCCAGUCAAUGCCAAGUUCUCCAUCAUGCCGGCCUGGCAGAAAUUCUCAGACGGCGGCGCGGAGACCUUCAAACAGAGCCUGGACGGUGAAAGCGUAAGGAAAAAGCUGGGCCCAGCACCGGGUGAAGAGACAACACCCCAGCCUCCGCCUGCUGCGGCUCCGGAGCUUCGGAAGAGCAUGGAGAAGCAAGAGGUGAGCCAGGAGCCACCAGACACCACUGACGGAUGCAAAUUUGCCAAAGACCUUCCAUCUUUCCUCGUGCCGGGCCUGCCUUCUCCGCAGAAAGCUGCUUCCCGCACAGGGUCCACGACCACUUUGGACAGCGAGACCACGAGUGAAAUAGGAAAGCCAGAUCCUGUGGUGCCAGGAGGUGAGGAAAAGGUCUCGCCCUUCGGUAUAAAACUGAGAAGGACCAACUACUCCUUGCGCUUCCAGUGUGACCAGCAGGCUGAACAGAAGAAGAAGAAAAGGCACAGCAGCACCGGAGACACUGUGGAUGGUGGCACCCCCGCAGCCGGAAGCGACGCUGGAGACAAAGAACCCGCAGCGGUGGCCCUCAAGCAUGGCACAUCCCUUCCCCAGGAGAAAAAGCUAGCCCCUCGGAGGGACUCUGCCGAAAGCCCUUCUAGGGGUCACUCUGUUGCUGCAGCCCAGUUAGGGCUACCACCAGCCAGCAGCCAGACCCUAGUUCCAGAGCAGGACAAGGCAGUAAGCAAAACACCACCAAUACAGAAGCCGGCCCUGGCUCCCAAGCCCACCAGCCAGACUCCACCAUCAUCCCCACUCUCCAAACUGAGCAGACCCUACUUGGUAGAGCUGCUUGCUAGGCGGCCUGGGAAGGUGGAUUCCGAGCCAAACGAGGCUUGCAAGGAGAGCCGGGAGAGCAGUGAUAACCAGCCGUCCUCACCAGCACUGCCAGAGGAGCCGAAGGGGCCAAAGAGGGAUGAGGAAGAGGUGCCUGAAAAGAAACCGGCUUCCCCACCUCUGUCAUCCAGCCAGCAAGAGAGACCUUCACUAACUUCUGAAACAGGUAGAAAAGAGAAGCCGAUGUUGCAGAGCAGGCACUCUUUAGAUGGCUCCAAAUUAACAGAGAAAGUUGAAACUGCUCAGCCACUGUGGAUAACCUUGGCACUGCAAAAGCAAAAGGGGUUUCGUGAGCAGCAGGCAACUCGAGAGGAGAGAAGGCAAGCCCGGGAGGCCAAACAAGCAGAGAAGCUCUCCAAAGAAGCUGUCAGUGUCAGCCCACAGCCUGGAAGCAGUCGAGGAAGCAGAGCUGGUUCCCUGCACAAGUCUGCCACUCCGUCAGAAGAGAAGAAGCCCGAAACUGCAGUGUCCAGGCUCCAGCGCAGAGAACAGCUGAAAAAGGCCAACACUCUUCCCACGUCCGUGACAGUGGAGAUCUCAGACUCUGGGCCUCCAGCACCACUGGUAAAAGAGGCCCCCAAGAGGUUCUCCACCCCAGAUGCUGCCCCGGUGUCCACAGAACCUGCCUGGCUGGCUUUGGCCAAAAGAAAAGCAAAGGCCUGGAGCGACUGCCCACAAAUCAUUAAGUAAACAGUGACUCUUACCCAUUUCUGUGGCCAUUUGCUGGCUUUUCUCUUGCCCUUUUUAUUUAUUUAUUUUUUAUAUGAGGUAAGGAAACCAAGCUAGGGAAAAGAAGCAUGUUUUAUAGGCUCCAAAAUAAUGUUUAGAAACUGAACUGGUGGUGUUCAUUGUAAAGAGUGUAUUUGCACAAUCCUGGGUCCUGGUGCCUUGAGCUCCCCCUAGUUCUCAAGAGACAGUUUUGUCUGAGGGACCACAUGAAGCAAAAUCUGCAAACGAGAGCUCAGGAGAGCCUGCCAUGCCCAUCCAUGGCCUUCUCAUACAUAUGCACACCCACGCACCAUUUCAGAACAUACCCUUUGCCAAUCUUUGUAAGUUUUUUUUGUUCAUUUUUGAUUCUCUACUCUUCUAUCCAAAAUAUUUACCCUACUGUGUUUGCAUAUGUAACAGUGACAGGUUCACAUGUACAUAAAACAUGGUGUCAUUCUCCUGAUGCAGUGACUGGAGAAUAAGGAAAAGCUGGCCCCCCAACUCUGUGCCUGUGUCUGGUUUUCAUGAAUUUUUCCCCACCCUAAAACCACAACAAAGCAAAUCCAUUCACACUCAUACUACACUAGAUCCAUGGUGUGCCCUGUUAUACCAGUACCCUUUUUUAAAGACACAUAGACCAUUUGGCCUCACUGGCUCUAAGGAACAUUUGCAUUUAGUCUGGUGAAGAAAAGGAGAUGCUGUGCCAGAGUUGUCUCUGAGAAUCCCCAUAUAGUAUAGUGCUGUCCAGCAGCCCAGGCUGCAUUCCCAGAUCCCGGGAGCACAGGGCUUAGAAUACAGAUUUUAGGAAAAACUCUUCAGAUGAAUUCUGGUAUAACCCAAAUGUUUUAAGAACCUUGGUGUAUGACAACUCUGGUAUAAUCUAGCUUUUCUCACCAUGAAGAAAAGGCCUGUCCACCCAAAGAUGCAAAAGUGAGACAAUAAAACCAUCACCCAAACCAGCCAUUUAUGUAUGAUAGUUUAGGUUGCUGGCAUUACAUGCCUCUGAAAUUUCCCCUUGGACUUUAGGGAAAAUGAACAAGCCAAGAUGUGUAACCUACUUCUACGAAGGACUUCUUACAGAGAAUUUUUUUCCUUUAUUGUACUUGAAUAAUUCAGAGUCGAAUGUUCCAAAGCAUUUACAAUUCAGAGCAUUCACCUUGAUACCUUUAAGAAAAGAUGCAUCUCAGAGUUUUACGUGGCCUUGUAUCAUACACAUGUGCAUACAAAAAAGGGACUUGGCAGUUUCAAAGCCACAUGUAUGUUUAUUUCUCUAGAUUUGCUUUCAUGACACUAGACAUACCAGCAAUGCCUACACACUGCUGGCACUCACUUUGUAUUUCCUGGUGUUGGCAUAUUUUCCUUUUAUAGGUGCAGAUUCUUCCUUUGCCCAGUGCAGGGGGAUUUGCAUCCCUUUUCUCCCACACCAACACAUUUUAUUGCAUCCAUCACAACUUCCUCUGUGCUUACUCAAUAUGCAAUGUGCUGUUGUUCUGUCAACCCUACAGGAUGACAGGGAUGCUGUUUACCAUAUAGAAUCCAUUUUCUCUCUAGAAACAGUGGCUCAGCUUCAUGAAGCAGCUGGCAUGUGUGGUCAAGUGGAUAGCUGUACUACUGCAAGUCAGAUUUAGUAUUAUAUAUUCUGGACCUUCAGACUGUUAAGAAUCAAUGUAACUUUUUUUGUUGUGUUAUUACUAUUGUAAUCAACUAAUAUUCCACUGCACGUUUCUCACACUGGUAUUCUUUUCUAAAUCUUAUGUGUAGACAGUUGUUAGUUCAAUGAUUUCCUCACUGGUAUAACACUUUUGAAUGGGAAUCGUCCCACUCAAAGCCCUAGAAUUACAGAAUGGGAAUCUUCCCACCCAGUGCCCUAGAAUUAUAGUGCCACAGUGAUCCUUGCAAACUGACUACUUCUUCCAUCCUCUCAGCUUUGGCCUGUACCACAGUCAUGGCAGCAAACAGGUACAGAAAUAAGAUGGCUAAGGAAGAUUAGGACUGGGCAUGGUGGCUCAUGCCUUUUACCCUAGCAUUUGGGAGACAGAGGCAGGUAGAUCUCUGUGUUCAAGGCCGGCCUGGUCAUAAUGAGUUCUAGGCCAGCCAAGGCUACACAGUGGAGACCCUGUGUCAAAACAGAGUAACAGAUAGGUUCAUACUGAUUCAAUACCCAUGAGCCCACACACAGUACAAGAAACAGCUUAGUUAAAAAUGCCCCAUCAUUACCUUUAAAAGGAGAACCUACUGAGGAAAGGGCAGUCACCAUACUUGCUGAAGAGUACACGUUUAGCAUUUCAUUUACAAGUUACCCCAAACCUGCACUAAAUACCAAUGAAGUGUUAUUCUGCUUUAGUUGCGUUGCACUUUUCUGAGCAACAAACUAUGGGGAAGUUCUGUGGAAGCAGAAAGUUCAAGACUUUUUCUUUUUAAUGAAUAACUGCUACAUUAAAUAUACAAGCUUUUUUUAAAAAUUUAAACACACUUCUUCUGACAAGGUUAUAGGUGAUUAACCUCUGUUUAUAGACUUACAUAUGGAAGUAGAGUUUUUGGUUUACUUUAAAAAUGUUUCAAGUGCAAUUGUUUCUUAUAAAACAUGGUUGAUUACCAUUAAAUUCUCAUUUUAGCUGGUUAUCUACAAAUGUAUAGUGUGUAUCCACCGUCUCUUCUUGUGAUGUUUAGUUUGCUUAUUUUAAAGCAGCAGCAUUAGCUACAAGUGUCUUGCAAUAUUUUUAUCAACAAUAAAAUUAAGUAGAUACUUAAUAAAAAUUCCUUAGUGUGAUUUUAAUAUUAUUUUGAGAUUUUGGUUGUAUACAGUUUGAAUGUAAAAAAUGUCCAUUAUUUAAGGGAAAAGACCUUU